AUGACCAUUGGAGGAAGCUGCUUCUGUCAUUCAGGUGCAAUUCGAAAUAAAUUUUGUAUGACUGAAAACUUUUGUGCAACUUAUUAUGAAUUACGAAUUGUUCAAACGUUGCGAGGAAAAUGUUCGAAUGCGAAAAUCCAAAAACGACAGAAUGAAAAAGCUGCAGCUCUUUCAACAAGAGCCGAUGAUGAUGGAUGUGAUGCUGAUCCAGAUAAUCGUACAAAUAAUGAAGCAGAAUAA